GUCUGAAUACUUGGGACGGGCAGUGUGGUGUGUGGGCGCCGCAUCUACGGGCAUCGACCACUUGCCCGGCCAACUGCAAGCAACCCUCUCGCUCCGCUAAGCUCGCUUUAUACCAAAACCGCCGCCGAAGGAAAGUGUGCUCGCUUCCUCCUCUACGCUCCCGAUUCCUUGUGCGGCGUUCCUUCUUCUGGAUGCCAUUAGGAGAGGCGAAGUGAGCGAGCUCCCCGCAUCCGAAACCUUAAGCGAGCGGAUUAAGAAGAGGAGGGAGUAGAAGAAGCCAAGGGAGCGGACCCGUCUGAUGGCGAGAGGUGCCGAAGCCGGCGAGACUUCGCGGCCGCCGCCCAACAUCCAGGCCCUACGGGUGCGGGCGAGGCCGGACCCCUUGCUGAUCGUCUGCCGCUGCUUCAGCUUCGUCACCGCCGUCGCCGCCGUCGCCUGUGUCUUCGUGAACGCCCUCUUCGCCGUCCGAUCCUUCAGAAACGGAUCUGAUAUCUUUGGCGGAAUAUUUCGAUGCUACGCGGUUGCCAUCUCCCUCUUCGUGGCUGUCGCUGAGACCGAAUGGGGUUUCAUCAUCAAAAUCUGGAGGAUAUUGGAGUACUGGGCAUGCAGGGGCAUGCUGCAGAUUUUUGUUGCUGUCAUGACAAGAGCUUUCCCGGUUGUCAGUGGAGAACCGAGGUACCUGGUGCUUCUUCAGGAGAUCUCCAGCUACUUGCUUCUUGCUUGUGGCUUAACCUAUGUGAUCUCGGGUGCAUCAUGCAUUGGUUUCUUGAAGCGAUCGCGCCAGCAUCAGGAAACAACAAGAGAGCAAGCAGCUAGAGAUCUAGAGGAACUGAUGCGGCGCAAGGAAGAACUUGAGGCGUUGCUAAUCGUGGAUAGGACCUGACAGCAUGAGGAUUCAUUGCCACGAGCAAAAAUCUUGAGGUGCAUUGCUCUUGCCUGUUGAUGCAUUUGGCUGAUUAGGGGGCAUCGCUAUGGCAGUAGAAUUGCAUCAUUAAGCGAACUUGCUCUUUCAUAUCCUUUUGAUUCUUUAAAAAAAGGAAGCUUGUGAUGUUUGACAUAUCAGAAAUACUGUUUUCCUCAUGUCAUGUUUGAUUCAUGUCA